UAGCGAAUACCGAGCAGCAGUGUGUGAAUGUGGCAACCGAGGUAGACAGGGAGGGGUAGAUAGACUGACCAGACCAAAGGGGUAUUUUUUUUUUAUUUUUUAUUUUUUUUUAUACAAAUCCCUUUUGUCUUUAUUGUUCUUUUUUUCUGUCGUGCAGAAGCGAGUGUUUACAGUCUUAUGUUAGGCCACCGCGGUGAAGUUGUGUGUGGAGCAGAAAACCCGGCCGCCGCUGCUUUUCUUUGGGACUAACCAUUGCCGUUGUGAAAACAGCCCAAGAAGAAAAGAAGGAAAGGGAGAAACAACAUGGGGCGAUAAUAGAAAAAAAAACAAAAAACCAGAGAGAGAAGGUGUUGUGUUGUGAACCGACGAUGACUCUCUGGGAGGAUCCGUGAAGCUUAUUUAUUUUUAUUUAUUCCCCCUCCUCUUCCCUUUCCCUUGUGUCCUAUUUUGUGUGUAUAUAUAUAUCUAUAUAUAUAGAGAUAUAUAUAUAAAUAUUUUACAUUUUAUCCCCCUCUUUUGCUGCUUUGGGGGGUUAUUUUACACACAAAAAACUCAAAACAAACAAGGCAUACGGGAUACGAGGACUAAGAGGACUAAAGGAUGGACCAAGCCGGCAUCCUGAGAAAGUUUAUCCAGGGGGUGAAGGCCAUGAGAGAGGGGGACGAGGUGAGGGGAGAGGACAACUUCGGCAGCGACUUUAUGCGGUUACGGCGGUUAUCGACUAAGUACCGGACGGAGAAGAUCUACCCCACCAACGUAGGAGAGAGGGAAGAAAAUGUCAAGAAGAACAGAUAUAAGGAUAUACUGCCGUUUGAUCACAGCAGGGUAAAGCUGACAUUAAAAACGACCAAUCAAGACACAGAUUACGUCAAUGCUAACUUCAUCAAGGGUAUAGAUGGCCCAGAGGCCUACAUUGCAACUCAGGGCCCACUGCCGAACACUGUCAUCGACUUCUGGAGGAUGAACUGGGAGUACAAUGUAGCUGUUAUUGUAAUGGCUUGUCGAGAGUUUGAGAUGGGAAGGAAAAAGUGUGAGCGGUACUUCCCUCUGCACGGGGAGGAGCCCGUGAGUUUUGGCCCUUUCAGAAUCUCAUGUGAAUCAGAGCAGGCCAGAACAGACUACUAUAUCAGGACUUUGACGGUGGAGUAUGAGAAUGAAACUCGGAGGAUAACACAGUUCCAUUAUAUGAACUGGCCUGAUCACGACGUCCCCUCGUCGUUUGACUCCAUACUGGAUAUGAUCGGACUAAUGAGAGAAUACCAAGAGAAUGAUGACGUCCCUAUAUGUAUACACUGCAGUGCAGGCUGUGGGAGGACGGGUGCUAUCUGUGCUAUUGACUACACGUGGAACCUCCUCAAAGCCGGGAAAAUACCAGAAGAUUUUAAUGUUUUUCGGUUGAUCCAAGAGAUGAGGACGCAACGACACUCUGCUGUUCAGACCAAGGAGCAGUACGAGUUAGUUCACAGAGCGAUCGCUCAGCUCUUUGAGAAACAACUGCAUCUACUGGAGAGCCCCACCAACACGCAGAUACACGAUGGCAUGGAUGAAAGCAGUCCAGAUAAAGCAGGCCACCAGUCAGAUGAUGAAAGAUGGGACACACCACCUCCAAAACCUCCCCGCGUACGCAGUUCCCAGGCAGAAGGUGAUGUGAAGGAGGAGAUACUCCAGCCCCCAGAGCCUCACCCUGUACCCCCUAUUCUGACCCCGUCUCCCCCUUCAGCCUUCCCCACUGUCACCAACGUACGGCAGGACAACGACCGCUACCACCCCAAACCUGUCAUACAUGUUCUGGCUACCACACAGGCACAGAAUAAAGAAAUAGACAAGCAGCAGAACCAGUCAGAACCAAGUCCAAACAAGCAGACGAGUCUCUCAGAGCAGAAAGACCAAGAUCUACUAAGUCGAAAGCAGCAGACUCAGGUCUCAAAUCUAGAUCUCAAUGACAACUAUAACAACAAAUUGUCUUCAACUUCGACAAAAUCAGAAUCGGGCCAAAGCCAGACUCCCUCGUCGCCCCUCUCCCCAGCUGUUGAAUGUUCCGGUGCUCCUCGGAUCGAGAGGAAGCUGAGCAUUGAGAUUAAAAAGGUUCCGUUACAGGAAGGACCUCGUAGUUUUGACACUUCCUCCUCCAUGGGGGUAGCGGGCGGAAUAGGCAGCAGUUCGGCCAAUAGCGCGGGAAUGCUGCAAAGAAGCCACGCCUUCAAAACCCGUACCGGCCCAUCCCUGCUCACCUCUAGCUCCUCGCUGUCGGAGGACUCGGGCACGGAGGGAGGAGGAGGAGGAGCCGGAUGCGGGGAGAGUCACGCAGACGGAAGCGUCCUGGCCAGACCGAACCACCUCCCUGUGAAAAGUGAGAAGGGGGAGACACCGGGAGGGGAGAGGAUGGAGGCGAAGGCCGGCCAUGCAGCAUGGGCUCAACCGUGCAACAGCCCAGAAAAACAGUUCCCAAAAACCUCCUCCUCUUCUUCUUCCUCCGACCGUGUAGCCCCAUCCUCGUCCUCCUCCUCCCACCUCUCCUCCUCUACUUCCUCCUCCUCCUCCACUCCUGUUAGGACUGCCCUGAGUUUCACCAACCCCCUGCACUCCGACAACUCGGACGAGGAGGGGGACGGAGAGAUGUCCGGAGGAAAGGAGGGUUAUCGUCCUAAUGCAUCCACGGCGAUGACCAUGGUGACCGCGUCACUUCAUGGCGACCAGCAGCCGGUCCGGAAGGUGUCGCCCAUGUCGAUCGCAGGGCAGAGCUCUCCGUCACCCUCUGCAACCACAACAACUUGUGUGUGUUUGUCUAAGUGAGUGGAUUUGCAAACGGGAGGAAGAGCAAAAGAAACAAAUCCUGUUUUUGUGUGUUUGUGUUUCAGUGCAGUUGUGUGUGUGUGUGUGUUUGUGUGCAGAGAACUGUGUGUGCAUGUUGGAUGGUGAAGGAUCAACACUGCAUGAUACUGAUAAAUACACAUUCGCCAACUCUGUGUGCACGUUGGGUUGAACAGAGCAGUGUCACACUUUUUGUUUGUGCAUCGGUAUGGCCUCACUGUCAUGAUUGCAACGAUGAGAUGUGGUUUCAAUCUUCUGGGGACUGAGAUCAAUCCUCCUUCUAUGUUGAUUUCAAAAUCAUGAGAUUCUGAAAUCUGAUUCUUGCUGCGAUCGGAGCUGAAGGGGAAUGUGGAAUGGUUCGAACUGGACUUGGGCUUAAAGCCGUUUUGAUCUUGAAUGGGUUCAAAGCUUCAUGAAAUAAGACUUAACUGCAUUUUUAAAUAUUUGGAUUUAACUGUGAGAGUGCAUGAUGAGAAUCAAUCUGCCAGAAAAAGAAGUAGUUUAUUGAUGCUGUCCACGAGGGAUAGAGUAAGUUAUGUAGCCCAACACCGAUACUGGUGUGAGGUUGAUAGGGUUAUCUAUAUUUGAGUGUUAGUUUGGUUUAUUUAAGCCAUUUCAAAUUAUACUACUCUUAUACACAUGUAAAUAUUAUCAGUUAAAUCAGAUCAAAUUAUACCGACUGUAACUUAAAAGUUAAGAAAAGUAAACAAACACACAUUAUACAAUUGUCUUGAUGUAAUGGUGACAUUGUUUUUAAAUUACAUCAAACCUUUGUUUAGCAUUUAUGUGCAUUAUCGGUCGACAUAUACACUAAUAUCUAUUAGUAUUAGUAUUCUGACAAUAAGCAAUAUCAACCUGCCCUAUUUAACCGCCAGGCUCUAAUAAAAGAAAACAUUUAAUUAAUGACAGGAAAUGAUUGCAUUAAAAUCCUUGAUGAUUUUUAGUGGUCAGUGACCGCAUCUUACCUGACUUCAGUCCCAUCUGAGCUGUCCUGUUACUGUAAACACCUAACACGCUGCUGUUAAAAUGAUGUAAAGGAAAUGAUCUUAAGCAUAAUUUGUUAAAUGUGUAGAAUUAGACACAUCCAUGUACUAUAGAGGAAGUAGCCUGUUUUGAGGCUGUUCUAACGUUAAAGAAAGGAGUUGAAAGUUGUACACCUGUCACUCUAUUCUAGUGUUCAACAUUUCAUCACGUCUUGUUUCAGGGACCAAAGAGAAAGCAGCUUGUUAAAUGGUUACAUUGAAAUGCCGUUGUUAUUGUUCCUCAUUUAUACUGUACUAUGGGACACAAACAGCCAGUUAUUCUUAGUUAAUCAAAUCUAUUCUAAGUUAAAUGCUGUUUUUCACAACAAAGUAACAUGUUGCUUUUAAAUAAUCAAAUGAAAUUUAAAUGUUAUGGUAGCCAUUCCAAUAUCUGGCAUCAUACAUCAUGCACUCCUGAAGUAUUUCCAAUAUUUAAAUGCAGAAAUAUUUGCCUCACAGCCCUGCCAUGGACUGUUUUGUGUUUUGGUCUGCUUGGCUUUCUGGCACAUUAUUUACUUGGGCUGCGGUAGCGCUUUGUAAUCGGUUAUGAAACGCUGAUGGCUGCUGUUCGAUGGGUUGCAAGAAUCUUAACAGCUGCUUGUUGAUGAGUUGCAUUGAGCAAAUUGCUGCUUUGUGGUUGGUCAUGAGAAGGCUGGUGGCUGCUUGUUUUGCUGGUCGCAUUAUCUAUGAACCAAUCAAACUUUAUUUAUAAUACGAACAGUUAAAAUGUGGGUAAAUUAAAUAUGCAAAACAUUAUUAAACAUAGCUAUGUUAUUAUAAUUCUGGGUUGAAUAAAAUCCCUCUCAUAAGUCUAAAUCUAUUAAAAAUACAAUACAAAAUAAAUACAAUGAAAUGUUUCUGAAAAUGUCAAUGAAAAGUAUGUUUUGUAAUUAGUGUACUCAAUAACCAGGAUUCAACUAAUUUCUCAUUUAAACACAACAAAAAUAAUUUCCUCUGUUGGUUGCAGCAGCCUUAAAAAUGAAUCUUUUUUUUUUGUUCUGUUAUCUUUGUCUUUGAUGCUGGAGUUUGUAAUUGCAUUGUUGACAGCACUUUGGUGAGAUCAGGAACAUAAAUAUCAUGUUUAUUGGCUGUUGCUCUCAUCACUCACGGUGACAUUAACCUGCUGUACAAUCACCUAAUUUUUUCCUGAAAAUGGUGCAGUGCUAGACUUCAUUUAGACUAAUGUUACACUAAUCUACAUUGAUUUAUGGGCUUUCCUAGGGCAGUCUUAAAUGGAGUAGAAAAAACACUCAGCUUCAAAUGAGUAAUUCCCAAUGGUUAAGACUUUAGAUGUGGAAUUAAAAUGGUUUUAUAAAAAGGGAGUCGCCAUUAGGGGAGAAAUUGUUUGGAUUUCCAGCAAAAUGAGUUAGUAGAGUUCAGUUAAAGCCAUUAAAUAAGACACAGUGAUAGUAAGAUAAAGUUAUUGAUAAUAUUAAGUACACCUAACCAACACUUAUGCACUAUGAAGAUUAUUAUGUUCUGUUUUGUUAAAACUCUAAGUGUUUUGGAUUUUUGAUUUGAUGACUGCAGUUUGUUGAAUACUGACAGGUGUUUCUAUUAUAUUGUCCACCCAGUUUAUAUCUGUGAGGGUAGCCUAAAUAACAGAAACACCUCUCUGUAUAACGCAAUACAGUUAAACAGCACCACAAACUACAUCCUUCAUUACAACCAUAGAUAGAAAUCCUCUGUGUUAGCUAGGUGUACCUAAUAAUAAAUGGGCAGCUAAAUGCAGGUAUCCUGUAUAUUUAAAUCACCCAGUAAGAUACCAUCACGGUGCGACUGAUGACUGAUCAGAACAUUAGCCAUAAAAGAGGCAAUGUUUUAGGGUCAAAAUAAUGUCUGCCAAGAAGCAAGGCAAGCAAUAACGACAUUAAACAAAAAAAAAAAAACUCUUCAAAGGCAACUCAGAUGAAUGGGAGCAAAUGUCCCAGUAAGAAAGAGACAGACACACUCAUGGUCUUUAAUAAAGUCAUUAAUAUAAAAUGACUUCUCGGAUAUUGCCCUUGGAUUAAAAAGAGCCACGUUUAUUGUAGCUGCACAGUGGAUCAAAGGUAGCUCUCUAUCGGGGAGAAGCACUAGAAAGUGUCAGUGUUGUGUUGGGCAGAAAUAAUUGAGUUUGUGUGCUUAACACUAAUUAGUCAUUUAAGUCGAUGCCCUCAGAGAUGGAUAUUGUCAGAUACGUUUUAGUUUGAAGAGGAUAAGAUCUGGAUAAUGUAAGGAAAUGUAAUCAUGUGACUCAAAAUUUCUAUUAGAAGUGUUUGAGGAGUGUGUAAAGAAAGCCUGCCCAGUGUGUUCACCGUAUGUGAAUCACUAUUUAUAAUUACAUAUACAGAUUUCCUCUCACAGCGGUUACAUGUCAGAUAUAGUCCUGAAACUAAGAGAGCUCAUCAGCGCUGACACAGUUCUUUUAGUAUUCAGUAUCUGCAAAUACAUUUGUGUCUGUUACAGAUACUAUGAGUGAUACUUUCAAUUAGAUGUGGUUAGGUAAUAAUAAACAUCUUCCACUGUGAAAACACGUAUCUGUGGUUCCUCACAGUCAUCACGCCUUAACAGUGGCAUGUUCUUCUGCCAAGAGUACAUAGAGUUAUCAUGUAUAUACUGAAGGCUACAGGGUUUUCUAGGCCCCACAAAAUUAGUAGUAAAAACAUACCGUAUAAAUAAAAAGAUAUGCCAACAACUUUGCCAUUGCUUCCCUUUCAAAACAAAAUAUUUCAAAAUAGUUGUACAAACACUACAAACUGACAUCAAAAUAAAGCUUUAAUAAAAAGCUUUAAUAUCAGUUUCAGCUACGCAGUGGAUGGAGUUAUAUGAAAAAUUCAUAUCUCAUGGGAAAUUAAAACCGAUAUGUAGGUUCAUCCAGUAUAUUGCCCGGCAGUAGUAUGAGUGCAUCUUUUAAAAUUCAGAUUCAAAGGGCUUUAUUGGUACAGCCAUAUUCAUUAAGAAGAAAACGUAUGUAUGUAUGUAUGUAUGUAAUAUUUAACAAGUCAUGAAAUUAAAUAAAGGGGUUUUAAAACUUAACUGCAGCAGAUUUAACUGAACAAAUCUGCAGUAGAAAGACAAAAUAAACAGAAUUUAGUUUUGUGUGUGUGAUUUACCAAAGAACACAAAAACAACAAAAGAAGAGUGCACCAAAUAAUUAUAAAAAAUAAGACAUAAGAACUAGAAAUAAAGAAAUAAACAUAUUAAAAAUGUAUUUUUUUUAUUAUUAACUGCUAACACACCUUUGAAUGACAUUUAAUAAGCAUAAGCACUCAAACCUUGUGUUAGCUAAUGCUCUUAAUGAGUUGCUUGUUACUUUGGUUUCUGUAGUACAGACAGAUCUGUAGAAAUGAAGUGGAUACAUCCUAAUAUAAAGCUCUGUACAAAAUACAGUCUAAUAUCUGUACAUAUUGCCUCUCUGUGGUGUUUUAAAGUUGCCUUGCAAGAUGACUAAACAGAUUUACUCACAUUAGAGCUUGUAUGUAUUAAAGCGACCUUGUAAUAAUAAUAAUAAUAAUAAUAAUAAUAAUAAUAAAAAAUAUAGCACAAUUUUUAGAGAAGGAAUCAAUGAAACGCUUGACUUUUUCUCUGCAUCGUUUAAAUCUGACUGCCGACUGACUCUCUCUGUCUCUCUUCUCGGCCAGUUAUUAACGUUGCUUCUCGUUUGACCUCUGACCUC